CAGCGAAGCACCAGCCAAAAACCGCUGAAGAAUAAUAUCAGGACGGAGAGGGGAAAAAAAGCAGAGGUUCGUCUCUGUCUUUGUGUCUCUGCUAGGCUUUUGCAACUGCCACCCUCACCAGAAAGCCCACACCUUCGCCGUCGUACCCCUGUUAUUGUGCUCCCCUUCUUCCUCUAUUCCUAUCUUGGUUUUUUCUUGCCCCGCGGAAACAACACGUUUCUUCUUUUGUAAGAUUCUUCGUUCCUUUCGCAUUCUGCGACUUGAAGGCAAUUCCUAGUAGCGGUUAUUAAAAUAGUCUUUACGAGAAGGGUUUCUGCUUCUCUUUUUGGAGAAGUUAACGGGAUCGAAUCUGGAUAGGCAUUACAUAGCGUUAUCGGUCACGGAGCAACGAUCCAACAUUCUGCUAAUUUUCGGUCGAAGCUUGAUCUGCUUUGACUGGGUUGCGGAAAGCAUCGGACUCGCGCCUAUUAGAAUAAGCGGAAAAAUGUGGUGGAUGAUGGGAGAAUCUGGAGGACAAUACUGCCCUAAGAAGACCGAUGAUUUGUGCGGGGAUGUUUGUGGCCAGGAAUCAAGUCAAGUUUCAGGCAUGACAAGAAUCCGCUGCAUUUUGCGUGGCUUGGAUGUAAAAACCUACAUAUUUCUUUUUGCUGUUGUCCCGAUGUGCAUAUUGGGAAUCUACAUCCAUGGACAGAAAAUCUCUUACUUUCUGCGGCCGCUGUGGGAAAAACCACCCAAGCCUUUUAAUGUCAUACCGCACUACUAUAAUGAAAAUGUGACAAUGGAGAACCUUUGCAGACUCCAUGGCUGGGGAAUUCGUGAGUACCCAAGACGAGUCUACGAUGCUGUGUUGUUCAGUAAUGAGGUGGAGUUACUCACCUUACGGUGGAGGGAAAUGUACCCAUAUGUUUCAGAAUUUGUUCUCCUUGAGUCAAAUUCUACUUUCACUGGAUUGCCUAAACCUCUGGUUUUUAGUAGCAACAGGGAGCAGUUCAAAUUUGUUGAGCCCCGGUUAACUUAUGGGAGUGUUGGUGGGAGAUUUAGGAGGGCAGAAAACCCAUUUGUUGAGGAGGCUUAUCAGCGGGUAGCAUUGGAUCAGCUCCUUAAAAUAGCCGGUAUUUCAGAUGAUGACCUGUUGAUUAUGUCUGAUGUUGAUGAGAUACCGAGUGCUCACACUAUCAAUCUCCUGAGGUGGUGUGAUGACAUACCUUCAAUUCUUCAUCUUCAGUUGAAGAAUUAUCUUUAUUCCUUUGAGUUUCAUGUGGAUGAUAAGAGCUGGAGAGCUUCAGUGCACAGAUACCAGAGUGGCAAGACAAGGUAUGCACAUUACCGCCAGUCUGAUAACCUAUUGGCAGAUGCUGGUUGGCAUUGUAGCUUCUGUUUUCCCCGAAUCAGUGAUUUCAUUUUUAAGAUGAAAGCUUACAGCCAUUAUGAUAGAGUGAGGUUCUCUCAUUAUUUGGAUCCCAAAAGAAUUCAGGAAAUAAUAUGCAAGGGCGAAGAUUUAUUUGACAUGCUUCCAGAGGAGUACACCUUCAAGGAAAUCAUCAGUAAAAUGGGACCAAUACCCCAUUCCUAUUCUGCUGUUCAUCUUCCUGCUUAUCUUCUGGAGAAUGCAGAGAAGUAUAAAUUUCUCCUGCCUGGAAAUUGUAUAAGGGAGAGCCGUUGAUCUUGGAAAGGAAUACGUGAUACCUGCUUCUUGUGAAUCUUGUAGCUCGUGUGGAGCUUGAGGGACUCUUCAUGGGGGUUUUAACUGAAGUAUUGAUGACCUGGCGUCGCUCAUGAUAAUUUUUGAGAGUUCAUUGAGAGUUCUGACAAAUUCUUUGGUUCUUGGGGGUGGGGACUCUGUACAUAAUUUAGAGUCGGGGAGCACUCUCUUGCGUUUUACUUCGGAUUGUUUGUAGCCUAUCCCCGGGAGAUACAUAUGAUAGCGUAGUUUUACUCUGUAUUAAGUUCAGCACUUUUGCCCAUUUGGGAGGUUUUGUUUCGGAGACAAAUUUAUUUAUUUAUUAUUAUUUUUUCCUAAUCGAUGCUGAACAUAUGUGUAUGUAUAUGACUAUGUACUUCUCAUCUGAUUGCGUGGUUUAUAAUAUUUGAUGUUUUCGCGCAAUA